CAAUACAUCCGAUGACGAGGUAAGAAAAUCCUCAGUGCUGUGUUUGUCACCUUCAUGAAGAAAGGUAGCAACGGCAAUGUAUUUAAGAUGAUUCGACUAUGACUCACUAUGAUUCAUUCCUCUGUCGAGCAAGCACACUGUAUAUCCUCGUUCACUCCAAAUUCGGGGGCUUUCGACAUGAUGCACGACGAUACCAAAGACCAUGCAUACAGGCAGAACAAGUCCACGCAGCAAAAGCAAUACAGAGACAGGGAGACCGACGGCUUUGCAGAGCUUCGCGACGCCAUUCGCGAAUCUACAGAUGAUCAGGAAGCCCCAAAAACAAAAUACGAGACGUUAUCAAAAGCCGCACAACAUAUCCGACAGCUUAACCUGAUGAAUCUGAAGCUGCAGCAGCAACUUUAUAUGCUAAAAUCAUCUCGGACAAACGACGAGGGCCAUAUGAUGACACAAAACCCUACAGUGCGGGUACCUGACAUGUCCUUGCACUGGAAUGGUGAUGUCAGGUCGGCUUGCACGCACCGGACGACACAAAUCGUAUCACAAAACACACUGCACGAUUUUUACAUCGGUAUGAGCCCUGGGGUGUGCGAUGCUGCCAUGCUGGAGGGCGUGCGGGACCAGACGAGUACCGUCCCACGAUACAGUAACAGCUUGAAUCAGAUCGACCAAUAUACGUCCUUUGGAUACCCCUCGAACCAGCCUGCGUCUCACAUCUCCUAUGAUAGAAAAUUAUAAUAGAAACUGAAGUAAAUGUAGAAUACUAGAACUUGCCGAGCUUUCUAUAGUGAUGGCACGCUUAUAAUGGAUGGCUGUAACUGGUUGGUGUG